AUGACCAAAGGAAUGAUUGAUGUGGAGGAGAACGUGACUGCCAGACAGAAAAACAUUCCUUCGGAACAGAUCGAAUGGGCUGUAGCAGGCGGAGCGGAUUAUAUUGUCGCGGAAACGUUCAACGACGUUGGAGAAGCUUUGUUAGCGCUCGAAUGUAUCAAAGAAUAUGGAAAAGUACCAGCCGUCAUCACCAUGGGUAGCUUAGUAACUGGUUUGACGGCUGAUGGCUUUACCCACGUGGAGGCGAGUCUUCGGCUGGAGGAAGCAGGGGCGGACGUAGUGGGGCUCAACUGUUCACGGGGCCCGACUACCAUGAUGCCAUUCAUGAAGGAGAUACGACAACAGUGUAAAGGACCGAUAGCCGCGUUGCCUGUGCCUUACAGAACAACUCCCACCCAACCAACCAUGCAGUCUCUCAUUGUCCCGGAGACAGAUAAAUAUGCCUUCCCGGUUGACCUUCCAGCGUUUACCUGCUCAAGAACGACUGUUCGUGACUUUGCACGGGAAUGUCUGAAGAUAGGCGUGCAGUACAUUGGAUUAUGUUGCGGAAACAGUCCGCAUUACAUCCGGGAGUUGGCGGAAGAAUGUGGAAGAAGUCCUCCGGCCAGCAGAUAUUCCCCAAAUAUGUCUGAACACUACAUAUUCGAUGGUAACGUCAAAGAAUAUCAUGCCAAAACGUUACUCAACGAAAUAAGGACCUGAACUGUGCGAAAAAUUUAAAAAAAAUAAAUAAUGUAGAGCAGUUGCCGUUAAAGGAAAGUGGAAGAAGAUCUCCGGGCAGCAAAUAUUCCCCAAAUAUGUCUGGACAUUGUACAUUUGGUUGUAACGUCAAGGAAUAUCAUGCCAGAAUGUUACGCCUCGAGAUUAGAAACUGAAUUAAGUACAUAUAUGAUUUAAAAUAUUUAAUAAUGUGAUAUGAUUAAGUUAUUGAGAAAUGUCUCUUACAUGCAUUACAUAUUCAUUUACUAAUUACUCAAUUCUUUUAUUUUUUUUACACUGCA